GUUGUUUUUCCUUCUGCAAAAGUAUGCAAAAAUUAUAAACUGUUUACAAAAAGUUGAAAACAUCGCAUAAAAUACAAUGCAGAAAUAUGAAAAAUUGGAAAAAAUCGGGGAAGGUACUUACGGUACUGUGUUUAAGGGACGUAAUCGAGAAACUAUGGAAAUAGUUGCUCUCAAGCGGGUGCGUUUAGAUGAAGAUGACGAAGGUGUGCCAUCCUCAGCCUUGCGCGAAAUAUGCCUGCUUAAAGAGCUGAAACAUAAAAAUAUUGUUAGAUUGUAUGAUGUCUUGCAUUCGGAAAAGAAACUAACUUUGGUAUUUGAGCACUGUGACCAGGAUUUAAAGAAAUAUUUUGAUAGUCUUAAUGGCGAAAUCGAUAUGCAAGUAUGUCGCAGUUUCAUGUUGCAAUUGUUAAGAGGUUUGGCUUUUUGUCACAGUCGUAAUGUAUUGCACCGGGAUUUGAAACCACAAAAUUUAUUGAUCAACAAAAAUGGAGAACUUAAAUUGGCUGAUUUUGGUUUGGCUAGAGCUUUUGGCAUACCGGUGAAAUGUUAUUCGGCUGAAGUGGUAACUUUAUGGUAUCGCCCACCUGAUGUUUUAUUUGGCGCUAAAUUAUACACUACUAGCAUAGAUAUGUGGUCUGCAGGUUGUAUAUUUGCCGAAUUGGCAGAUGCCGGUAGACCUUUGUUUCCAGGAUCUGAUGUGUUAGAUCAGUUAAUGAAAAUAUUUAGAGUAUUGGGUACACCAACGGAAGACACUUGGCCAGGUGUUUCUCAUCUCUCUGAUUAUGUAGCUUUACCUCAUUUUCCCGCUAUUACAUCAUGGAGUCAAAUUGUACCGCGUUUGAAUUCCAAAGGACGUGAUUUGCUGCAAAAACUCUUAGUAUGUCGUCCCAAUCAACGUAUUAGCGCCGAACAUGCCAUGCAACAUCCAUAUUUUACAGAUGGCCAUUAGAUUAGAAACGCUUAAAAGAGAUUCCACAGAAUUAUAAUUUUGUUUUCAGACACUCAUGUGUAAAUUUUAACGGAAUUCUCCUGGUACCAAAAAAAAUUAGAAUUUUGUUUUUGUUAAUAGACAUUAUUUUAUAUUCUUCAAUCAUUUAAGCAAAAUUGUUUUCUAAUUUAAUUUAUAUUUGUAUAAUUAAGACUUAAAUGUUGAUUUAUGAUAUUAGCCAGUUAUGAUUAUUUUAAACUUAAGAAUAUUUUAACUAUUAUAAGUUAUUAACUAAUAUGUCUGAUCAUUUUUAAACGAGCAUAAUAAAAGCAGUUAAUAAAGCACA